UAUAUACUAUUCUUGAGCAAGAUAUUUUCGAUAUGUCAAGUGAAGAUCGCUCAAAGUUGAAAUAUCCGGAUUAUUGGAGCCGAGACUUUAACGCCUGGGGAAACUUAAACGAUUGGGACACCUACUGGAUCGAAAAGCAAACGAAGUCAACAUCAAUUACCAAGUACAAGUCCCACUUAGCCUUAGGUGACGAACUGAGAUGCCUGAGGAAAAUAUAUACAAGUACACAUCCUGCUUAUAAUAAAAUCCUUAAUUUUGAGAAAGAAUUGAAGGGAACAGACGAGUUCUGUGAGGGUUUUAACGAGUUUAAAAACAUGGGUAGUGACGAGUUCACUAAUCCAGCAGACGAGUCUGAGAGGGUUUUAACGAGUUUAAAAACACUGGGUAACGUGGGCAUAGAAACACUGUUUGAAACAUGGAGGGACGAGUUCCCGUGGCUUGUUGUGGACUUUCUUCCUCCUAAGGGCAUGCGAGAUGGCCUAAAGAUAGCUCGGAAAAGGUUCCACAUAAAUUCUGAGAUGGAUUUUGCGUCAGUCGAAAGAGAACGGAAAAGACUUAAGAGGCAUGCUGGAAAUGUCCUUCCUGAUAGUUCAGUGCUACCACCACCAUCAUCAUCUAUGCCAACUAACAUACAAACUUGGAGUUUGCCCUCAGGAAAAUUCGUUAAGGAUAUUUUUGCUGAAAAUAUAUCUCGGCAUGCUGAAAUCUUAAAAGAUAAGAAGAAAAUAAAUGCAGCAGAUAAAGCUACCUUGAGAUAUGGCAUGUCAAGAAUCAUCGAUCUCUCAGCACAUAUGCGGGGAUGGUUUUCUGCCAGUGAACGUCAGCAUAUGACGAAAGAUUACGAAGAAAUUCUCAAAGUUCCUGAGUUAGCCGAAGAUGCCAAUGAGUUCAUUGCAAAAGUAGAAAGGAUGGUAAAGGAAGGCAAUGUCAAUGAAGCAUACAAAUAUUGUCUCAAUCAACAUGCAGAUGCAUCAGUUAAUACUUGUCUUUAUAAAAUAACUAGAGUUUAUAGUGAUUUCCUCUUUAAGGUCAAAGACGGAAAUGAUUUGCUAGAUUGUGCUGGUGAACAUCACACCGAAAUUGAUGUUAUUGUAAAAGCAUGUGCUUACAUUGUUGAUGGAUUACUAAAUGGAAAUGGAAUACAUUGUAAAUGGGGUGAAUCAUUUUGUCCUCUGAGUAAAUCCACAAGUCAUAAGAAAGGACGCAAGUGCGAUGUUCGAUUCUUAAGUCAUGCAGGAAUAGAUCUUGGUGAAUGGGAGUUUGCUGCUGAAGCAACUCCAACUAAAGUAGUUGGAGAUCGUUGUCGCUCAGCUAGAAUCAACCAAUCAAUAUUGAAUGGCCUGUUGAGCAGAAACUUAGCUGAUAAACAAGUGGAUAUGAUCAAGGUUCCAUUUUUACAAAUUGCUGGCAUCUUCGGACAGUUGUUGGUAGAAGACAUGGUAAAUGGCUUUUACAUUGUUUUUCCUGGUGCAACAUUCGAAUUACCAACAAAAUUGGCUCACUUUGGAAAAUUAAAAGCAACAAUAAAAAUUUUUAACCAUGUAAUGGAUAUCUUCAAAAUUGACGAUGAAAAAUCCUUACAAUGCAAAUCAGAUUUAUUCACGAACCAUGGUGGAUACCAAAAAAUAAACCUUAAAAAUCUCAAGUAUUAA